CUGACUUCCCAAACUCACCACCACCUGAACUACUCUUUACUGAAAUCGCUCUCAACCAGAGCACUCUGGAAUAGGAACUGCUUUUCUCGUUUAUUAUGGCUAUGGGAGAAGUUACAGCAUGGCAUGGGAUUCCAAUGAAAUAUAUUUCAUUGGUUCUCCUCACGUUCCAGAACUCUGCACUUAUUUUGAUUCUUCACUACUCAUGUAUUAUGCCUGGUUAUGAGGACAAACGGUACAUCACCUCCACGGCCGUUCUCUUGAACGAGUUAAUAAAGUUGUCCGUUUGUUCAGCGGUUGCUUACAAUCAAUUCCGCAAGAAUGCCGGUGCUGAUGCCCGCAAAAACGCAUUUUUGCGCGAGAUCUUCUCAAAUGACAGCUGGAAACUUGCUAUUCCUGCUUUCUUGUACACCUUGCAAAACAAUCUUCAAUACGUUGCCGCUGGAAAUUUGCCCGCUGCAACGUUUCAAGUGACGUAUCAAUUGAAGAUUUUGACGACGGCUUUGUUUUCGGUUCUGCUUUUGGGACGUAGAUUGAGCCUUAUGAAAUGGUGUUCGCUUGUCGUUCUUACCGCCGGUAUUGCCGUUGUCCAACUUCAAAACCUUCAAGGUGGUUCAUCUUCGGAAGAAAACAGCGAGCUUAAUGCCAAGACCGGUUUUGUUGCUGUCAUCGUUGCUUGUUUGAUCAGCGGUUUGGCUGGUGUCUACUUCGAAAAAGUUCUGAAGGGCACAAAGUCUUCUCUUUGGAUUCGUAACAUUCAAUUGUCCUUCUUUUCUCUCGUUCCAUGUGUCUUUACUAUCUUUUGGAAAAUGCCGCAGACAUCGUUACUCAUGGUUUCUUUUUUGGAUACAACUAUGUGGUUUGGACAGCUAUCUUUUUCCAAGCCUUUGGCGGUAUUGUCGUCGCGUUGUGUGUUGCUUUUGCCGACAACAUUAUGAAGAACUUCGCUACAAGUAUCAGUAUUUUAAUUUCGUUCGUUGCAAGCGUUUACUUUUUUGAUUUCGCCAUCAGCGCUAGCUUUCUCGUCGGAAGUGGCAUGGUCAUUCUGGCUACCUUUUUGUACACACGGCCUGAAAAGAAAAGUAUCUCAAAGGAGUCUUACAUUCCUCUCACCGUGACGCCAAAUACUCAUGAAAACAACAACGCUGCUACUAAAGCUUAAAUAGGAUUUUUGUCUAUAAAUGUUUCGUUCUUUGCUUGUCGCAAACGUGCAACGUUGGCUGCCCGCCCUUCACGACGUAUGGUCUGCUCUCUCACCGUAUGCUAGUCGUUCGUCAUUCUUUAGGGCAGGUUGGUAAAAUUAACGAAAUGAGCUGCUAUCGAAAUACAACACUCGAAGCAAGGAACUGGUUCAUAAUGUCGAGAGUGAGAGGUCUAUUGGAAGCAGUUGUCUGUAAUGUUAAAAUUACAAAACUAUCCCCGCAGCCAACAAUUUUUUUUAAUGUAACGUGUUCUUUAGUUAUAAUUUGUUCCUUGUCUACUAUAUAUACACGCAUGUUCUUCAACUAUUUUCAUCUAUCAUACUUGUAUUCUCCCG